AUGGUCAACGUGGAGCGCGGUCGGGUCUUCCAACUUGAGCAGAACGAGAGGAAACCGGUUCGAGUUAACUCCAAGCGAGACUCGGGUUGCGGUUCUCGUCGGCGAGGCGGGACCGAGUCGGAGCCGAUUUACGAGCUGGCGAAGGCCCACGUGAUGGAGCGGCUCAACGGGACGUGUAGGGACGCUGUGGCGAGGGUGGAGGGGAGAGGGGCAUGCAAGGAAAGGCGGCCGUUCUUCCUCAAGACGCACAAGACGGGGGGGAGUAGCGUGCAGAACGUCGUGUUUCGACGGGGCUGGAUUCGGGGGUGGGACGUCCUGAUGCCCCCGGAGGGGUCGUACUUGGGGCAUCCGCGGAGCUUCGUUCGUGAGAUGGUGGACGGGGACCUCAGGAAGGUGUUCGGGAGGUUCGACGCGUUCGCGUCUCACGCUCGGCUGAACGUGCCGGAGUUCAAGGCGGUCGUGAGGGAAGACGCCGUGUGGUUCACCAUCCUGAGAGAGCCGACCCAGCUCUUCGUCAGCCUCUUCGAGUACUAUAACCUGCAGAAGUGGAUAAAAGAGACUUUGGAGAGCCUCCUCAACAUGGACCUGGAAGAGAUGAAGCGCAAGACCUCUCGUGAAAACCGCUCGACCCGACACGGCCGCAAUCAGAUGGCCUUUGACCUUGGACUGUCGCCAGAGUAUUUUGACAAUGCCAGCGCAGUUGAUGCAUUCGUCCGAGAACUCAACUCAACCUUUGACCUCAUCCUCAUCAUGGAGAGAUUUUCAGAGUCCCUCGUGCUUCUGCGACGAGCCCUCUGCUGGUCUGUUCAUGACAUGAUUGCUUUCCCAAUGAAUCAACUCUUGAAAGGGAAACCCAAGCCCAAGGUAACUGAGAAGCUGACAGUGCUCAACAGAGCAGAUUUUCAAAUUUACCACACUUUUCAUAGCAAAUUUAAUGAGGCAGUCUUAGCACUUGGAGAUGAGAUGCAAGAUGAACUCGAAGCUCUUUCCUGUGCAACUGAAGCCUGGAGGGAAGAAUGCGGGCUUCAGCGCAUUAAGGGGACAGACCUAAUCAGGCCAGUACGACCAUAUGGUCAAACCUGGGGAUACUCAGUUAGUCCAAAGCACCAUGAAAGCGAGGAAAUCUGCUACCUUUUUGCCACUAGUGAACUCCCAUUCCUCAAAUUGCUUCAUGCUAGGCAAACCAUCAGAGCCACAAAAGCAGGGCUGUCUCAAUAA